AUGAGUAAAACGCGAAGGGUGGUUUCCGGCGAGGAGAAUGCGGUGGCGGUGAAGGAUGAGAGAGGGAGGUGGGAGGAUUUGAACCCUGAGAUACUGGCAUUGAUCUUUGUAAGGAUACCGGCGGACGAGAUGGUGAGAAAAGUGCCAUUGGUGUGUAAGCCGUGGAUGGAGGCGGUGGCAGGACCGUACUGCUGGCUUGAAAUCGAUGUGGCGGAUUGGUGUCGACGUCGCAACGAUAGUCGUGUAGUGGACCUGGCUGUCGGCAAGCUCGUACGAUGGAGCAAGUGUACGUUUCAACGUCUCUCCGCCUACCGAUUGGGAAACCCUGGCUUCGUCAUCGUCGCCAACCGUGGAAAAUGUUUGACUGUGCUGCAAAUGCCGAUGAGCGAUGUCACUGAUGAUAUGGUGUUGAAGCAUAUCACAUCGCUACCAAAUCUGAAAGUGCUGGAUAUUAGCGACUGCUCCAAAAUUACAGUCAAAGGUCUCGAAGCUUUUGGAAACCAAUGCAAGUCUUUGGUUUGUUUGAAGAGGAACAUGUCCACUCAACGAACCUGUGCCAAUCUAAUUGACGAUUCUGAAGCAAAAAUGAUAGCCAAAACAAUGUCGAAUAUACAACAACUUGAACUUUGUUAUGGCCGUUUUAGUAAUGCUGGUCUCUCUGAAAUCGUUAACAAUUGUAAGUCACUUACCCAUCUCGAUAUUGACGGAAGUUUGAAUGUGAAUCUCAAAGUCGAAGGUGACCUUGAGGAGAGUUUACAAAGAAUCGAGUACUUUGCAUAUCGGCGCCCUUGCAUUGACGAUAGUGACGAGUCCUCUGGCAGUGAAGGCAAUUAUGACAUUGAAGAUUAACUUUAGUCUUCAGGUUUGCAUGGUCUUGUUUUGAGUACUUAAAAGAUACCUGAUGUGAGAUCUUUUUGCUUAUUUUGAGGUAUAU